GAGAUUUUCUUUUGCUUCUUUUACCCUCGAAAAGAAGAACGCGAAGAAGAGCUGUACAAGAAUACGCUUCGGUGGGGGAGGUCGGAAUAGCGUCUUCGGAACAAAACCGCGCUAAAAAUCCUGCUGACGCUGUAAAAUUUAACUCGUAAUGUUGCAGGUGGAGUAAAAUAAAAUAAAAAAAAAUCUAUAAAAACGUUACCCAGCGUUUCGCAUAACAACGGCGUAUGAAAAUAGUGGUGGCCGAGUGUGAUACAGCGUUCUAGUGUCCCGUUUGGCCGACGGAGGGCCCCCCCCCGAACCGUACGGCACCAUGAACCCGCAACAGUUUUCCCUCCGGUGGAACAAUUACACGUCCUACAUCGCCGGAGCGUUCGAUUCGCUGCGCUACGAGGAAGACUUUGUCGAUGUGACGUUGUGCUGCGAGGGGCGCAAGAUACGCGCACACAAAAUACUGCUCUCGGCCUGCAGUCCCUACUUCAAGGACGUGUUCAAGGAGAACCCGUGCCAGCACCCCGUCAUUAUUUUCAAAAACGUGCGCUACAAUGACCUGAUGUCGCUGGUGGAGUUUAUGUACCAGGGCGAAGUGAGCGUGCCGCAGGAACAGCUGCCCUCGUUUCUGCACACGGCGGAGGUGCUGGCGAUCCGGGGGCUGACGGACAAUACGGCCGAUACGCGCCAGCCGGCCAGCUCAACCACGUCCGCGAUCGCGCAACAGCUGAUCCAGAGCCAGGCGGUGCUGGACAAGUCGGCCACGAUCACGACGACGGACUCGCUCUACCUUACCUUGCCAUCAAACUCGACCAUAGUCCAUCAACCGAAGCUUGUACAGGCGCAGAUCCAGACGGCACCGAUCAUCACCAAACCACUGAUCAAACAAUCGCCACCCGAAAUGCCGGCCCUGACCGCGUCAACCGUCACUGUGCCAAUGGCGCAGCAACAGCAGCAGCCAACGAUCGCCAAAAUACAGGUACAGACGGCAGCACAACAGCAGCAACAACAGCAGCAGCAGCAGCAGGUUCAAGUACAGGUCCAGCAGGUAGCCGUGCAACAGGCGCAGCAAACCCAGCAGCAGCCCCAACAGCAAACGACCACAUCGCAAACGCAACCCCAGCACCAAACUACCCAAGCCACCACCCUACAGGAAGUCGUGGACAAUGUCGUACAGCCGAGAAAGAAAAAGGUAAAGGCACAGCAGAUUAUCGCCACGCAACCGAACUCAUCGGUUCAGUCCGGGUCUACGGUAACGGUUACGACGACGAGCACGGGACAGUCGGGCGACAAUGAACUGUACGAGACGGACACCUACACCAUCACUACCAAGGAUGCGCGAGAGGAACAGGAACAUGAGCAAUAUACAGAAAACGGUCAAACGUCUGGUACUACACUCAAGAUGGAAAUACCGGAGUUUAUCAGCGUCGGCGAGCCGCUCAAUCCCGGUAACGGCACAAACAAUACGUUCCUGCAAGAAAGCUACGAACUCGUGUCGGAAAACAUUGAAGAGAAGGACGAUGACGAAGAUAUGGCGCAGGAUAAUAUUGAGAUCGAAGGAUCGGAGAUGGAUAUGAGUCGUAUUUUCCAAGGAUCAACCGACGAGCAGACGAAAUCGAACAUUUUGCAAGAAGUGUUUGAGCAAAAAAUGAAACCCAAAAAAUACAAGUGCAAAGAUUGCGACAAAAGCUUCGCCGCCUGGAAAUCGCUCACGAUGCAUCAGCAUAUACACAGGGGCCUCACGAAAUGCACGAUCUGCGGUGCGAUCUUGUCACGCACGGCCAAUCUCAAGCGCCACAUGAAGCUGAAGCACGAGAAAAUCAUACCGUAAAAUGGGUUCGAUGCCACCCGAUGGGUCGUAAACGAUGGUGGUAGUAAAGAAAAGCGGGGAGCGGUGGGGGGGGGAUCGCUCAUCGAAGCCCCCCCCCCCCAUUUGUAAUUCUCUAUAUACUGUAUUCAGGUAUUGUAUAUACAACAAAAAGGAACAAAGUUUUAGGCGAUACACACACACACCAACACCGCACGCGUACGUAGCGACGUAUGAUAGGGGGGGGGGGGGGGGAAGGGUUCAAUGCACCCAUCUAUUGUGGCGUAUAGAUUGUAAGAAGGAUUUUUUUUUCUUUUUCGUUUGAUUUAAGUUAACGCUUGUAGUAGAAUCCAGCGUGUCCGAUCGCUUGUGCUUGUUGCAAUCAAACGGUGUUGGUGGGAUCCGUUGGGAUGUCCACCCCCCAAGCGACCUUAAUGUGCGUUUCUAUUUUAAGUUGCAAUAUCCGUUUUAAUUGAUUUAAUGCAUUAAACAAAAAAAAAAGCAUUAUAUUUGCCACCAUUGAGUCUACGGCGACUGGUGGUGGUGAUGGAUUUGGGGAAAAUGCCACCGCGCUCACUACUUGACGUAAUGCAGCCACAGCUCAUAUUAGCUUUAAAUAUGCAAGAUCAGAUGUGUUUAAAUGAUUUGUUUCAUAUUCGCUUUAAUUUUGGACAAUUUUAUAUAACAUAAAAAAACAAACCCCGUCAAGUUUGUACUUACUUGUACCGAGCGAAUAAUGUUUGUUCAUUAAGAUUCUUCUUUUAGGCACACUACAAUCUCGAGUGAGAGAGAGAUAUAUAUAUAUAUAAAGAGAAAGAAAGAGAGAUACUUUAGUCUGCCCAUCCAGUUUCGGUUUUACUUGAUGUUAGUCGUAACCGGUCAGACGGGAGUUGAUACCCAGUUCUGCCGUUUUGAAAAUCACCCAAAUCAGCCGCAAUUGAAUUAUUGAGCUUUAGUUUCGUCUAACAACUUUUAGUACCUAGAAUUACACCAUCUGCUUGGUUUAUUGGAAAACAAAACUGCUCAUGUUGACCAACGCCGCUUUUAGCAAACGUUUCUCGCUGAAAUUAAUGUGGGGGAACCAUAGAUUCAUUGUCAUUAUGUCGUAAGGUAUUUUUUUUAUUAUUUUAACGAGUUUUAACAAAAAUCAUUUAAAGGUGAAACACACUACACGGGAAGCGACACCCGCCAGUGUAGAUUAACUAAGAACAUUAGGCUCGUUUUUGUCUCCCCCGUUUCGUAAUUAAACAAAAUGGCGAAAAGGGAAGAGAAGAAGUGUUUGUGUGUGUGUGCGUGUCUGUAUAGUGUGUAAUUAAAUCUAAGCAAACAUUCUAAUUAACAUGUUUUGAACGUUGUGAGGGCAUACACUUUGCUAACCGGCAGUCGGAUUAAGUGUCCAUUUAGUGUGUAAGGUAUUCCGGAUAUUCACAUGGAUGCGUGUAGGGAAAGGAUGCGAGACUCCAUGUUAGGCUCCCACACGAUAUCAAGGGAAUCCUUAUGGAUGCGUGGAGCUAGACACUAGCAGAGAGGACAGCGACACCGGUCUUCAAACGACAUGACCCGGUUUCCCCGUAGGGAAGACUUGUCUAUAGACUAGAAAUGGCGGGCAUGAUCUUUCACAUCCCUGAUGACAACCUCAGGAUGUGUUUGUUCCAUUAUUUCUAGCGUCCGUCCUUUGCUACUAGCGGAGGGGUCGAUUUACGACUUUUGAUGCAUUAAAGGCAAACGACCGAAUGCUGGAGUCUCGCAGUACUUUUAAACUCGCACCGUGUCGGAUCAGCAGACGUACUGUACCCCUGCUUUGAUAACCUUUAAAUGACUUCGAUUGUUUCAAUUAGUUGUUAUACACACACCCCGCUUGACACACGCUGUUUGUGCACCAAUCUGACGUGAGGUCCGCUGUGCUGUCUUGGUGCACUGAACGAGCACUAGCACACCUUCCCCGCGUACCAUGCUUUCUCUACCAACCGGUCAGUGUUUCGAGGUUUACCCUGGAUCUGAUUUACACUAACACACUGUUCGUAUUCGUUUGCUUUGUAUGUAUUGUGAACUUUGCAGCGAGAGACACCGUAACACAAUAAACUUAUUUCUGUACCAGUUUUAUCAAAGUUUUAUCCGCAGGUCCGUAUAGCUUCUUUUUCUUUUCCCCCACGCAACCGAAUUCGAAAUCCUAAUCUAAGCUUCCUGGGGAAAUGUAUGGUAGAAUUUUGUUCUGGAAAAAAGGUUUAAAAUUGGUUAGGUUUCGUCCACCGGGACGGGCGUUUCGAGUGGGCACUUCAAACCAGGUUGGACAACUUCGCAUUAUGAGAUUUUGUAACGCUUGCCCUUGGUCCUUUGGUCAGCCUCAAACUUUAAAUCUAAAUCCAGGAUCUUGAUAGACUUACAGCAGAUGAUCUACGAAGAUUCUACAUCCGCAAGGCCUUGGAGAUGGUCCGCUCUAGGCCCCAGCCAAUCGCCCUGGGCCAAAUACUUGCUGCUAGACCAGAAAGUCCCGGGAGGGUUCUAUCCACCUUUAUACAGACAUGUCAUUCCUAGAAAUCCUGGUAAGCUUGAUCGAGGUUUCAGAUGAAAUAAUUGCUCUCAUAUGUGGCUUUAAUAUCCAUGUCGAGACUUACUUAAGAGGUGUUCUACUGCUCUGCGAUCUUCUUCAAGAUCAUCUGCCACACUUGUGAGCAUCUAGUCUGUCUGUUUGAACUUCGGAAGUCCUCUCGAAUAUACGUUCUUCACCGAAUUGGGACUAAUCGAUCUGCUAGUUAUCAGGGGUUUGUUUAAAUUUUGUAGGCAAUACCAGCUAUAUAGACUUUCGUUUUUCCUAUAAUUUGAAGAUUGUGCUUAAAUGAAAGAGAGAGAGAGAGAAAGAGAGGGCGACCCGCCGUCCAGUGUUACUCCCAUCCCGCUACCUUAAAAAAGCUUUUUCUCCUCUGUUUUUAAUUUCUCUCCUCUGUCUACUUUUAGAUAUUGUUAGCCAAAACAAGUGGGCGCGAUGUAAAGUUUGUCGGUUGCUCAUCACGGCGAGCAAUCUUUGGCGACAUGUGCGCACGCAGCAUAGCCGCCUCGAACCGAAACGGUGCGAGCACUGCAACAAACAGUUCAAAAACAAGUACAGCUUGCGCGAGCACGUGCGCAUCACGCACGAAUCGAAGCAACCGCGGGAUGAAGUUAGUAGUAGGGCGGCGGAAGGAACCGGCGAAGGAUAGUGCCGUGGUAGAGGACAUUGUUGCGUUUCGUUUUGGAUCUGUUUCGAUAUUAUUUAUUUUAACCUUUUUGUUUUUUGUUUAAUCUAAAUGAUCAAGAUGGCUACGAUUAAGCGGAUAAGUUAAGAUGGCGAAGAUAAUGUUUCGGGCAAUGAAAACUCGCUUCCUUACUAGUCCUAUAGUCGUGUUAAGGAUAUGUCUCAUUUUCGCUUCUUCACAUGUGUUGCGUUUCGUUUUUUUGUUGGCUUUAACUUCUCUUUUUUUAUGGUGCGAACUUCCAAAGAGUAGUUUGCCUUGAAGCGCUCGAAAAUAGCAGUAUUUGUACAUGUAUAUACUCAACCAACAAUAAAGAAUACAUUGAA